CGUUCAUCCGCCUGUGUUUGAAUGCGAAGGCUGACAUUAUUUAAAACUGAAAACCGUUAGCGGUGCUCUGCAUAGUUUAGUCGACGCGCAGUGAGAGGUCACUACAUUUGGUUUUGAACAAAAAAAGUGCUUUUUCAUUAACGAUUCAACAUGAGGGAAAUUGUUCACCUGCAAGCUGGUCAAUGUGGAAACCAAAUCGGUGCCAAAUUUUGGGAGGUGAUUAGUGAUGAGCACGGAGUUGACCCGACGGGAACUUACCAUGGAGACAGUGAUCUGCAGUUGGAGCGGAUUAAUGUGUACUACAACGAAGCCACUGGUGGAAAGUAUGUACCUCGUGCUGUUCUUGUCGACCUGGAGCCUGGCACCAUGGAUUCAGUGAGAUCUGGACCAUUUGGGCAGGUCUUCCGACCAGAUAACUUUGUCUUUGGUCAGAGUGGUGCUGGAAACAACUGGGCCAAGGGUCACUACACAGAAGGCGCUGAGCUUGUAGAUUCAGUUCUUGAUGUGGUCCGUAAGGAAGCAGAAAGCUGUGAUUGCCUGCAAGGCUUCCAGCUCACCCACUCCCUUGGAGGUGGCACCGGGUCAGGCAUGGGCACGCUCCUCAUCAGCAAAAUCCGUGAGGAGUACCCAGACCGCAUCAUGAACACCUUCAGCGUGGUGCCCUCACCCAAAGUCUCAGACACUGUUGUGGAGCCUUACAACGCCACGCUGUCCGUCCAUCAACUGGUGGAGAACACCGAUGAAACAUAUUGCAUCGACAACGAGGCACUGUAUGACAUUUGCUUCCGUACGCUCAAACUCACUACACCCACCUAUGGCGACCUUAACCACCUUGUGUCUGCCACAAUGAGCGGGGUCACCACCUGCCUGCGCUUCCCCGGCCAGCUCAAUGCUGAUCUCCGCAAAUUGGCUGUCAACAUGGUGCCUUUCCCCCGUCUGCAUUUCUUCAUGCCUGGCUUCGCCCCUCUCACCAGCAGGGGGAGUCAGCAAUACCGGGCUCUUACAGUGCCCGAGCUCACCCAGCAGAUGUUUGAUGCCAAGAACAUGAUGGCUGCUUGUGACCCCCGCCAUGGCCGCUAUCUCACCGUUGCCGCUGUUUUCAGAGGCCGCAUGUCCAUGAAAGAAGUGGAUGAGCAGAUGCUGAAUGUCCAGAACAAGAACAGCAGCUAUUUCGUGGAGUGGAUCCCCAACAACGUCAAGACUGCUGUGUGCGACAUCCCGCCUCGUGGCCUCAAAAUGGCAGCCACUUUCAUCGGCAACAGCACUGCCAUCCAGGAGCUGUUCAAGCGCAUCUCCGAGCAGUUCACUGCUAUGUUCAGGCGCAAGGCCUUCUUGCAUUGGUACACAGGUGAGGGGAUGGAUGAGAUGGAGUUCACGGAGGCCGAGAGCAACAUGAAUGACUUGGUGUCAGAGUACCAGCAGUACCAAGAUGCCACUGCGGAAGAGGAGGGAGAAUUCGAAGAAGAGGGAGAAGAGGAGCUUGCAUAAAGAGUUGAAUGCUCAAGUUCUUGUUCACUGUUGUUCUGUUCGGUUUCCUUAUUGGUUUGUUUUUUUUGUUCUGUUCUCUUUCAAAAGCAGCUAAAAGGAAUCUAUGCACACAAAUUGUCUAUUAAAGCUCUAAAUUUGA